AUGACGUCAUCCAUGUCGUCACGCUCGCCGUUACCGGCCUGCCUUGUUCCGUUCUGUGCCCUCCUGCUCCUCGCGACGUUGCUGUCGCCGUCUUGCGUCGUCUCCGCCGCAAGUGGCGGUUCGGCUCGCCGCGUUCUUCAGGAGCCGCCCGCGUCGGACGAAAUCGCUUCGGCCGAGACCAGCGCGCUGCUGGCGCUGAAGCAGGCUCUGGGGGAUCACCCCGCGUUCUCGCUGGCGGGGAGGUGGUCUGACGGCCCCUCGUCCAAUCGCCAGGGCCAGCUGUCGCAGCCCUGCGCUGACACGUGGCAGUUUGUGACCUGCGACUCCUCAGGCCGCGUCAUUGCCAUCGACAUGAGCAACCCCUUCCUGGCGUCCCUCAACGCGUCAUGGGCCAGAGGUGCCACUCCAGCGGCUGUAGCGCAGCAGCUGACCGCCCGGGGCGCCAGCCAGCAGGCUGUAGCGGCGGCUGUAGCAGCAGGGGCGGUGGGACCGCUGAGGGGGGAGAUCCCGUGGGGGAAAAUGACGGCGCUGCAGCGAUUGGAGCGGGUUGACUUGAGUGGCAAUGAGGUGUCCGGUGCUGCUGUCACUGCUGCUACUGCCCUGCUUCCCAACCUCAAACACCUCAACCUGACGUUCAACCGCAUCGACUCACUGCCUGCAGAUGUCACAGCCAUGACUGCUCUCGAGACCCUCCAUCUGGACAUGAAUCACAUCACGGGGUCGCUCCCCGCGGGCCUCUCGGCUCUCUCUCGCCUCUCCGCACUCGUUCUCGGGCAGAACGAAAUUGUUGGCCAGCUGCCCGAGGAACUUGGCGCGCUCACCGACCUUGUGACCCUCGACCUGGGCGACAACCACUUUCAGGGCCAGCCUCCUGAUUCCUGGAGCCAACUCACCAACCUUCAAGUGCUUUCCCUCUACCGUCUGCCUGUGACAGCCGACUUCCCCCCCUCGUGGGCAGCCCUCGCAUCGCUCUCCUUCUUCUCCUUCUCCUCCGCUGCUGCCUCGGGCCCCUUCCCCGCCUUCCUCACGCAACUCCCCAGCAUCCAACGCAUCUAUCUGCAUUCCAACCGCCUGUCCGGCUCGCUGCCUGCAGACCUCUGGCGCUUCCCCUCCCUCACCGACGUUGACAUCUCAAACAAUUUCUUCAACGGCUCUGUGCCGCUUCCUCCACCUGAACGCCAGGCUGACUUCAGGUACUUCUUCAACUGCUUCUCCUCUGCAUCCUCCCCCCCAUCAGACGUGCCGGUAGCAGCCGAGGGCCAGUUGGAUGCUGCCACGUGUACUCAGUUCUACUCCCCUCCUCCCGAGCUUGAUGCUUCCACUGCUGCUGCUGCUGCGGGCACCCAGCAGCAGCCCUCUCCCUCUGACUCCACGUGGGGUUCAUCCUUCUUCACCGUCUGCCUGCUCAUCGCCCUCACCAUUCUCCUCGUAGCCGUCUCCUUCACCUGCUGCCGCCUCAUGCAGCAGCGCCGGCAGCAGAACAGGGACAUGCAGCAGCAGCAAGAGCAGAUGCGUGGGGAUGUGGAUUCAGAAGCUGCUGCAGAGGCGAAUGGCGCUAAUGCGGUGAGUGUGUGUGAGCGUAUGAGGGACAUGCAGCAGCAGCAGCAGCGUUAG